CAAAACUAUUUAACAGCUGUGAAGCUCACAAGCUGAGGGUGCAAGUGUUGUCAUAUAGGAGUUUCCGCGUGGUGUUUAAGCCUGUAACUCGCACCCACUUUACAGCUAAGCACACAGCUGCGGCAGCCUGCAAGUUUGUGUGUCCCGAGAACAUCGAGCCAGCGCGGCUUUCUCCGGUACUGCGAACAAGCUGGAUUCCCGGAGCUCUUCACCAUGUCUGGCGGGUUUUAGAUACUCCAUGGAGCAAGCAAACCUCUACGAGGUCGCCCCACGGCCACUGAUGACCAGCCUUGUACAAAGCCAGCAAAACGCCUAUAUCUACAAAGAAACUGCCACCGCUGGAGACUUGAGCGAAAUCUGCGAGAACGAAAACUCCAUUGACAUCAGCGCGUACAUUGACCCCUCUGCAUUCAACGACGAGUUCCUGGCUGAUCUUUUCCAUAACAGCUCCAAACAAGACAAACUCAAGCUGGCGAGCGGAGACUACGAUUACCCCCACGGCGCCAAUGGCACACCGGGCCCGGGGGCCCAGCAGAUGUACGGCUGCCCGACCAACUACAUGGAUUCCUCCAAACUGGAACCGAUCUACAACAAUCAUGCACGAAUGAGACCCGUAGCCAUCAAGCAAGAGCCUCGGGAGGAAGACGAGCUUGGCCACUCGAUGCCACCCACAUACCACCACUCUCAGCACCACCCGCCGCAUCUGUCUUAUCUUCAGCAUCAGAUUGCGCACUGUGCGCAAACCACUAUGCACCUCCAACCGGGGCAUCCUACACCUCCUCCGACCCCCGUACCCAGCCCGCAGCACCAACACAACCACCUGCCGGGGGGCUCCAUGAAAAUGAACGAUCGGGGGAAAUCAAAGAAGCAGAUCGACAAGAACAGCACCGAGUAUCGGCUGAGGAGGGAGCGCAACAACGUCGCCGUGCGCAAGAGCCGGGACAAGGCGAAAAUGCGCAAUGUGGAGACGCAACAAAAAGUGAUCGAGUUGUCGUCGGAUAACGAAAGACUGCGCAAGAGGGUGGAACAUCUCACACGAGAACUGGAGACGUUACGGGGCAUCUUUAGGCAGCUUCCCGACGGGUCGUUUGUCAAAGCCAUGGGCAACUGCGCCUAAACGGGACCGGGAGCGGAGUGUGCUGGCCAUUUGAAGUUUGCGUGAUUUUUACGUCUGCUGGAUAAACGCUGACAGAUUCUUAAACUGCUUCCAUAGGAGCCUGGCAGCUGCGGUAUACAUGUGCCUUUUGUACAAAAACGAUAAGCUCAUCUCAUCACACAUCUGAACUAUGGACUGAAUGGUUGUUGUAGGUGUAGUCCUGUAAAGAAUGUGUGUUAGCCACGCGAAACAUAUCAGUGCAGCUAAUGGGCAUGAUUUCACCGUAUCAAUCUACUUUAAUGUUGAGUUAUCAGCUUUCAAUAUUCCUCAUUUUUUGCGCCUUGCCCCUUGGGUUACAUAUGAACUGAACUAUACUACAGUUCUUGAAGUGAUACAACUUUUGUGCCAUUCCAUCCAGGCUGUAUUUCCACCUCACCUGUUGCAGCAUUACAUUCACUGUAUGAUAUUGUUGAUGUAAUACUUUUUCAAAGAGGGUGGGGUGUAGUUGUUUCAUGGACGUCAGUAGACAAAAUGCCAAAGCAUAGGACUGGAACACAUUGGUUUUUACUGUGGUACUAGGCUAUUUGUCAUUCAUAAACCAGACUGUAUGCACUAUUGGCUAUGUUGUCAAAAUGCCACCUGUUGAAGCACAUUGUGAACAUUUUGCCAUGAUUUGGGUACUGAUCUGUAAAAUGCCUGUCAGUAUACGCUUUUUAGAGUAAAUGCUUUGUAUUUAUGCAAUAUAAUUGAUAAAAAAUAUGAAAGGGUGCAUAUCUCUAUGCAAUGUCUGUUGCUGUUAUUAGAAAGAUUCCAGUGUGCUUUCUCACUGAUUUUGCAGUGAACUGAAUUUGCUCUGUAAGUGUGCGUGCAUUUCAUGUGAACUGUUUCUUUCUUUUUUUCUUUUUUGUACAAGAACACUCGAGCAGAGACUGGUUUCAGUGCCUUUUGAUUUUUCCUGUCUUUAUUGCCAUCACUGACUGAACCCUUGGAGAAAAAUAGCCAAUACAGCAAGGAAAAGGAAGCACUUUUUUACAAACGGCAUAUUGCAUAUUGUUAUACAAAUGUUUAAAUACGUUUCAGUUUUAAAAUGAACAAUAUAUAUAUAUAUAUAUAUAUAUAUAUAUAUAUAUAUAUAUAUAUAUAUAUAUAUAUAAAUAUAAAUAUAUGCCAAAAAUUAUGAAUUAAAAAGAUUGUUUUACUUAUGUCUCAUUGCUAUAUCUUUUUGACUCAUGAGCAGCUUUUGAUGUCCUACUAAAUACUAGCUAUUAUUGGUGAUUUAAAUUAAUAGUCUAUGUAAUAAUCUGUCCGAUAUUUUUUAAUUCACCUUAGUGCAUUUGUAUGUUGCACUCCUUCUGAGUAAGCUAGUUAUCAUUUCUUCAUAAUGUAUUUUUUUUUUGCAUUUUUAUGUAUUUUUUGCGCUCUAAAUUUGUUUGUCGUUUGACUGAAUCCAACAUGCACAGACAGCAUGUGUGUAGUCAUUGUCAUUAGAAGAUAUGAGUGUGAAAAACAAAACAAAACAAAAUCUGGAAUCCAGAACUGACUGGAAUACAACUGGUAAUAAGAAAAAUGUUUAUAGGUUAAAUGAUAACCUUUCUAUACGUUUUUUAUAUGGAUCCAAGAGGUUUCCUUAAGGGUCCAUUAAACUGCAAGGUUUUCCAGCUGCACAAUUAGCAUUUAAGUGUCACUGAAUCACUUGACAAUCAUUCACAGCGCUAAAUAUUUGCAGUGAGUUGUUGCACUUUCAAUAGGUUUCACAUUUAAACACACUGUCAAAAAAAGAAUAGGGUUUGUCACUGAAGUCACUGAUAAGGACUAACUCCCCAUCUAUUGGUGAGUAUCUCUCAUUGAUUAAUGCCUCUACUCUCAAAUUUGAAUUGAUCAAUUUAUCUGUGAAUGAGAUAGAAGAGAUGAAGAUAUCAGAAGCACUCUGAGUACACUUUUCAGGAUAGAGAGAGAAAGGUUUAAAAAAGAGAGACUCUGACCUGUGGAGACGUGUUAAACGACAUUGUUGUAAAUUGCCAUGUUUUUACAUAAUCAGCUCCUGUAUAAUUGAAUCAAUAAAUCAUCCCCCUUUCCAAAUCUCUGUUGCAGAGAGAAUCUGCCCUGGCCAGGUUCAAGCACAGCAGUUAGGCCAACUCUUUCUUUCAUGCCAGCUCUGUACUGUGGCCAGCUCUUUUUUCUCAUUCAGUUUAACCUGUGAAUGAUAUGCUUUGUCUUGCUGUGCUACUCUCAUAGGUCAGAGAUAAGUUUUUCUAAGACUUGACUCCAACAUGCUGGAGUGUGCCAAGCUGCAGCCAUAGACAAAUCAACACCCUUUAAAUUCACCUAAUAUUAUUCAGUAAAGAGCAUGGGACUUGGAUGGGGAAGGUCUUGAUACUUGUGCUAAAGUUUCUGAUACUCCGUAAACAUUUAUGGCAGAAUAGCAUGACCUGACCAAAGUCUGAGUUACAAGUUAUUAGUAGCAGAUUUGUAAUAAUUUAAUAUAUGUUAAGGAAUAUUCGGGGUUCAAUACAAGUUAAGCUCAAUCGACAACAUUUGUGGCAAAAUAUUGAUUACCGCAAAAAAACAUUUCGUCUAGUACCUCCUUUAAAAAAAGCUAAAAUUGAAGUUACAGUGAGGCACUUACAAUGGAAGUGAAUGGGGACAAUGAAAGUGAAUGUGGCCAGUUGUUGGAGGGUUUAAAUACAGAAAUGUGAAGCUUAUAAUUUUAUAAAAGCACUUACAUUAAUCCUUCUGUUAAAACUGUAUUACUUAAGAUGUAAAGUUGUUUAAAUCUAAGGGGGCGGGGGUUGGAGGCUGUCCUUGUCUGCAUAUGGCUGGCCCCUUCUGGAUAUCGCGGAGCCGUUUUGUGGCCCGUUCUGCAUAACGUGGCAGCCCAUUCGGCCCAGGCCAAUUUAAUACAAUAAAUAAAUAAAUAAAUAAAUAAACAUUUAACAAUGAA